ACCUCUCUUCUCUCGAGGCUGGUGCACUUUCAAAAUGUCUGUCGUUCACGCAAGUCAUUUGUUUGCGACCCCGCCAUUGACUGAGACCACUGUGGAAGAGCUCAAGGCGCUCGCGCUCUCAACAGCCACCCAAGUGAUUUAUCGGUCCCUGCAAGCGGGCAGGAACAACGCGUCCUGGUCUCUCACGUCGUCGGACAAUGCAAUCCGCAUCUUCAAAGGCCAGGAGCCGCUCGGUGCACACCGUGGGUGCAGAGUCCUUCACUGUGGUCAGCAGCAGCUGCGCGCGUCGCUCAGGGACGUGGUGGAGCUCUUGCGCACCGACACGCCAGCCCACGCGGCGGCAUAUACACAGCGGUUUGGCAAGGAUAUACUGGGGACUACGACGUUAUACAUGCUCGAAGCCCCCAUGCGAGACACCCCGAACCGGUGGAUGACUGUCAAGUGGUUUGCAUAUCAGAGCCCAUUGAAGAAAGUGGUGAUGAAUCGAGACGCGGUAGUCCUUGAGUGCCAUCGCGAGUUUACAAUCCAAGGACGGCGCGGUUGGGUACGCGCUGUCCGGUCGAUUCAACUUCCUGGCUGUCCAAAUCUGGAGGCUUCGUGUGGCCUCGUUCGGAUGCAAAACUACGGCAGUGGGCAUGUCUUUUUGGAAUCGCUCGACAAGCCUGGCUACUUGGACAUGUCGUACGUGACCGAAGUCGACGUAGGAGUCGGCAGGUCCGAAUGGGCAGUCGAUGCAUUCCGCAGCCGAAAUUAUCUGGUCGAAAAAGCAAUCGUCCGACGCUGCCAGUUCAUGUUGGAAAUUGAGCGGUACUUGAAAGGAGAGACGACCAUCUCCAGCCAAGACAUUCGAGUCCACGACGCGCUGACGACGAAAUGUCGCAAAGCGUUGAGGUGGCGUUGCUGCCUGUGCGACAAGCGCUUUGGCCCUCUGAGCAAAAAGAAGUCAUGCACACAAUGCCAUCGGACGAUGUGCCGGCAGUGCGAUCGCGAGUGGCGGGUUAAAUCCCAGUCGUCGGAAUCAACAUGUACGACGUGUGCAUUGGGCAGGGAACAGCAAUUAAGGUGCAAUGCCACGAGCUCAACCACCAUGUCGCCUGCGCCGGACAGAUGGAGGUCAGAAACAGUGCUGAACAGCACACACGACUCGGUCGGGUCCCAUUCGACACUCGAAGACGAUGACACAGAUUCUUUGAAAGACCACGACGUCACCGCCAAUAACAUACCCCCCCAGCGAUGCUACCAGCCGUCCGUAGUAUACAAAGGCAACUGCUACGGAGGCCAAGGGUUUAUCUUGCUGCGAUCGAGCGCCUCCACCCCUGUUGUGUUUGACCAAUUGUGCUAAUGCAAAAUCGACUUCGCCGAACGGAGGUCCUUGUAUGGCGAUGAUGCCACAUACGCAACCGGCA